GGGGCUUGGAGGUCAGGGCCUUCUGGUGCUUCACUUCCUCCAACACUGAGGGGUCCACCCAGGCUUGAGAGCAGCCGGGAACAGAGGCACAGAAGCGCUGGAGACUUAGUUCUGCCGGCUUGUGGUCCUCUUGCCCCGACGCGUAGAGGUCCCUCACCCAGCUCCAGAACCCUCCGUCACCCUAGUACGGUGGUCUGCGACGCUCGCCUGCAGCGGAAGCGCGGCGUGCCAUCCCCCCGCUGUGUCAGCCACUCCCCCUCGACAGCCACCCCCCCUCCCGCGCGGGCCCCCCGGCCCCCGCCCUCUGCACCACACGCCCACGCCGCCCGACCCCGCGGGGGACCCCAGUUUCCCGGCCCUGGGCUUCCCGUCCCCGCCUCCGACGCGGCCCCCUCCCCGCCUCCGCUCAGCUCCGGGCUCGGGCCCCCUCCCCCCGCCGCCCCCGCCCCCGGGGAAGGCAGGCGCCGCUCGAAGCCGGGGCCGAUGCAGCUAAACCGUGCCGCCGUCGCCGCCGCCGCUGCGCCUGCGGAGCCCCCGGAGCCGCUGUCCCCCGCGCUGGCCCCGGCCCCGGCCCCCCCCGGCCCCCUCCCGCGUAGCGCGGUCGGCGGGGCUCCGGCGGGGGGUCAGGGGGGGCCAGGGCGCCGCGCGGAAUCCCCGUGCGCUCCUCUCUCCGCCGGCAACAGUCCGGGCCCCGGCGCUAGCACCGGGAUGGACGGCCCCGGGGCCAGCGCCGUGGUCGUGCGCGUCGGCAUCCCGGACCUGCAACAAACGAAGUGCCUGCGCCUGGACCCAACCGCGCCCGUGUGGGCCGCCAAGCAGCGUGUGCUCUGCGCCCUCAAUCACAGCCUUCAGGACGCGCUCAACUACGGGCUAUUCCAGCCGCCCUCCCGGGGUCGCGCCGGCAAGUUCCUGGAUGAAGAGCGGCUCUUACAGGACUACCCGCCUAACCUGGACACGCCCCUGCCCUAUCUGGAGUUUCGAUACAAGCGGAGAGUUUACGCCCAGAACCUCAUAGAUGACAAGCAGUUUGCAAAGCUGCACACAAAGGCAAACCUGAAGAAGUUCAUGGACUAUGUCCAGCUACAUAGCACAGACAAGGUGGCCCGCCUGCUGGACAAGGGGCUGGACCCCAAUUUUCAUGACCCUGACUCAGGAGAGUGCCCUCUGAGCCUUGCGGCACAGUUGGACAAUGCCACUGACCUCCUGAAGGUUCUUCGCAAUGGCGGUGCUCACCUGGACUUCCGAACCCGUGAUGGGCUAACAGCUGUCCACUGCGCCACCCGCCAGAGGAAUGCAGGGGCAUUGACGACCCUGCUGGACCUGGGGGCUUCACCUGACUACAAGGACAGCCGCGGCCUGACGCCCCUGUACCAUAGUGCCCUAGGGGGCGGGGAUGCCCUCUGCUGUGAGCUGCUGCUUCAUGACCAUGCACAUCUGGGGACCACUGAUGAGAAUGGCUGGCAGGAAAUCCAUCAGGCCUGCCGCUUUGGGCACGUGCAGCACUUGGAGCACUUGCUGUUCUAUGGGGCCAACAUGGGUGCCCAGAAUGCCUCGGGAAACACAGCCUUGCACAUCUGUGCCCUCUACAACCAGGAGAGCUGCGCUCGUGUCCUGCUUUUCCGUGGUGCCAACAAGGACGUCCGCAAUUACAACAGCCAGACGGCCUUCCAGGUGGCCAUUAUUGCAGGGAACUUUGAGCUUGCUGAGGUAAUCAAGACCCACAAAGACUCGGAUGUCGUGCCAUUCAGGGAAACCCCCAGCUAUGCAAAGCGACGGCGUCUGGCUGGCCCAAGCGGCUUGGCAUCCCCUCGACCCUUACAGCGCUCAGCCAGUGAUAUCAACCUGAAAGGCCAUGCCCAGCCCGCAGCUUCUCCCGGGCCCACUCUCCGAAGCCUCCCUCAUCAACUGCUGCUUCAGCGGCUUCAGGAGGAGAAAGACCACCGGGACAGGGAUAGUGAGCCGGAAAAGGACAUCAGUGGCCCUGCAGCAGGCAGGGGUAGCCACAACAAGAUCAGCCCCAGCGGGCCCGGCGGAUCCGGCCCCGCGCCCGGCCCCGGCCCGGCGUCUCCCGCGCCCCCCGCGCCGCCGCCCCGGGGCCCGAAGCGGAAACUUUACAGUGCCGUCCCCGGCCGCAAGUUCAUCGCUGUGAAGGCGCACAGCCCGCAGGGCGAGGGCGAGAUCCCACUGCACCGCGGCGAGGCCGUGAAGGUGCUCAGCAUUGGGGAGGGCGGUUUCUGGGAGGGAACCGUGAAGGGCCGUACUGGCUGGUUCCCAGCUGACUGUGUGGAGGAAGUGCAGAUGCGACAGUAUGAUACACGGCACGAAACCCGAGAAGACCGGACAAAACGUCUCUUCCGUCACUACACUGUGGGUUCCUAUGACAGCCUCACUUCACACAGUGAUUAUGUCAUUGAUGACAAGGUGGCUAUCCUGCAAAAACGGGACCAUGAGGGUUUUGGCUUCGUUCUCCGGGGAGCCAAAGCAGAGACCCCCAUUGAGGAAUUCACACCCACACCCGCCUUCCCUGCGCUCCAGUACCUGGAGUCUGUAGAUGUGGAAGGUGUGGCCUGGAGGGCCGGGCUUCGAACUGGGGACUUUCUCAUCGAGGUGAAUGGAGUCAACGUCGUGAAGGUGGGUCACAAGCAAGUAGUGGGUCUCAUCCGUCAGGGCGGCAAUCGCCUGGUCAUGAAAGUCGUGUCCGUGACCAGGAAACCCGAAGAGGAUGGUGCUCGGCGCAGAGCCCCACCACCCCCAAAGAGGGCCCCCAGCACCACGCUGACCCUGCGCUCCAAGUCCAUGACGGCUGAACUCGAAGAACUCGAAAAGUUGGAUGAGAUCCUGGCAGUUGCUGCGGAGCCGACCCUGAGGCCAGACAUUGCAGAUGCUGACUCCAGGGCAGCCACUGUCAAGCAGCGGCCCACCAGUCGGAGGAUUACCCCUGCCGAGAUCAGCUCAUUGUUUGAGCGCCAGGGCCUCCCAGGCCCAGAGAAGCUGCCGGGCUCUUUGCGGAAGGGGAUUCCACGGACCAAAUCUGUAGGGGAGGAUGAGAAGCUGGCAUCCCUACUGGAAGGGCGCUUCCCACGCAGCACAUCCAUGCAGGACACAGUGCGUGAAGGUCGUGGCAUUCCACCCCCUCCGCAGACCGCUCCACCACCCCCACCCGCGCCCUACUACUUCGACUCCGGGCCACCUCCCACAUUCUCACCGCCGCCACCGCCAGGCCGAGCCUUUGACACUGUGCGCUCCAGCUUCAAGCCAGGCCUGGAGGCUCGCCUUGGAGCGGGGGCCGCUGGUCUGUAUGAUUCUGGAGCUCCUCUGGGCCCGCUGCCCUACCCUGAGCGUCAGAAGCGUGCGCGCUCCAUGAUCAUCUUGCAGGACUCUGCGCCAGAAGUGGGCGAUGUCCCCCGGCCGGUGCCUGCAGCUACACCGCCUGAGCGCCCCAAGCGCCGGCCUCGACCGUCCGGCCCUGACAGCCCUUAUGCCAACCUGGGCGCUUUCAGUGCCAGUCUCUUUGCUCCGUCGAAACCACAGCGCCGCAAGAGCCCACUGGUGAAGCAACUUCAGGUGGAGGACGCUCAGGAGCGCGCGGCCCUGGCCGUGGGUAGCCCCGGUCCAGUGGGUGGAAGCUUUGCACGAGAUCCCUCCCCAACGCACCGUGGGCCCCGGCCGGGUGGCCUUGACUACGGCUCCGGAGAAGGUCUGGGGCUCGCUUUUGGCGGCCCUGGCCCUGGCCCCGGCAAGGAGCGGCGCCUGGAGGAGCGACGCCGUUCCACUGUGUUCCUAUCUGUGGGUGCCAUCGAGGGUAGCCCUCCCAGCGCAGAGCUGCCAUCCCUACAGCCCUCCCGCUCCAUUGAUGAGCGCGUCCUAGGGACAGGCGCCCCCACUGGCCGUGAUUUGCUCCUCCCCUCCCCUGUCUCAGCUCUGAAGCCAUUGGUCAGUGGCCCUAGCCUUGGGCCCUCAGGCUCCACUUUCAUCCACCCUCUCACUGGCAAACCCUUGGAUCCUAGCUCACCCCUAGCCCUUGCUCUGGCUGCCCGAGAGCGGGCUCUGGCCUCGCAAACGCCUUCCCGGUCCCCCACACCUGUGCACAGCCCUGAUGCUGACCGCCCUGGACCCCUCUUUGUGGAUGUGCAGACCCGAGACUCCGAGAGAGGGUCGUUGGCUUCACCAGCCUUCUCCCCUCGGAGCCCAGCCUGGAUUCCGGUGCCUGCUCGCAGAGAGGCAGAGAAAUCCCCUCGAGAAGAGCGGAAGUCACCAGAGGACAAGAAAUCCAUGAUCCUUAGCGUCUUGGACACGUCCUUGCAGCGGCCAGCUGGUCUUAUUGUUGUGCAUGCCACCAGCAAUGGACAGGAGCCCAACAGGCUGGGGGCUGAAGAGGAGCGCCCGGGUACUCCGGAGCUGGCCCCAGCCCCCAUGCAGGCUGCGACUGUGGCAGAGCCUAUGCCAAGCCCCCGGGCCCAGCCCCCUGGCAGCAUCCCAUCAGAUCCCGGGCCAGGCCAAGGUAGCUCAGAGGAAGAGCCAGAGCUGGUAUUUGCUGUGAACCUGCCACCUGCUCAGCUGUCCUCCAGCGAUGAAGAAACUAGGGAGGAGCUGGCCCGCAUUGGGCUAGUGCCACCUCCUGAAGAGUUUGCCAAUGGGAUCCUGCUGGCCACCCCACCCCCUGGACCGGGCCCCUUGCCCACCACGGUACCCAGCCCGGCCUCAGGGAAGCCCAGCAGCGAGCUGCCCCCUGCCCCUGAGUCUGCAGCUGACUCUGGAGUAGAGGAGGCUGACACUCGAAGCUCCAGUGACCCCCAUCUGGAGACCACAAGCACCAUUUCCACAGUGUCCAGCAUGUCCACCCUGAGCUCGGAGAGUGGGGAACUCACUGACACCCACACCUCCUUUGCCGAUGGACACACUUUUCUACUCGAGAAGCCACCAGUGCCUCCCAAGCCCAAGCUCAAGUCCCCGCUGGGGAAGGGGCCGGUGACCUUCAGGGACCCGUUGCUGAAGCAAUCCUCGGACAGUGAGCUCAUGGCCCAGCAGCACCAUGCUGCCUCUACUGGGUUGGCUUCUGCUGCUGGGCCUGCCCGCCCUCGCUACCUCUUCCAGAGAAGGUCCAAGCUGUGGGGGGACCCCGUGGAGAGUCGGGGGCUCCCUGGGCCUGAAGAUGACAAACCAACUGUGAUCAGUGAGCUCAGCUCCCGUCUGCAGCAGCUGAACAAAGACACACGCUCCUUGGGGGAGGAACCCGUUGGUGGCCUGGGCAGCCUGCUGGACCCUGCUAAGAAGUCGUCGCCCAUUGCAACAGCUCGUCCACUGGCUACAGACUCAUGUUUCCGGACCCUGGGUGCCUCUGAAGCCAGUUUGCCCUCAGCCCAGGCCUCCAGUCACCCCUGCCAGGAAGGAAAGCCUUGACGCUAUCCAGACAGGUAUAGCUGCUUGGCCCAGCUUAGACCUUUUGGACCCAGACUCUCUUCUGAGCUCUGCUUAAAGCUCCCACUGCACUGCCUUAUGACUGUUUUGUAGCCUCCAGUGUAGCUGCUGAAACCUAACCCUUGGAGUAGGUCUUGUGUAGAUGUCUGUUCCGUGACACAGAUGCCCGGGUGAGGGUCAGUAUGAGUUCAGGGGGAGAAACAGGCAAGGUGACAUUCCUGGCUUUGUUUUACUCUGUAUGUGACUACACUCUGACCUCACAACUCUGCUUCUAGUGCACCUCACCUCUGUUUGCCACUCCACUUUGCCCCCAAAGCCAAGAUGGCUCCAUGAGGCCAGGUUCCAUAGGAGUGAAAGUUUCUUCUGGGGGCUUUGCCUGUUCCUGUGUGUAUACCUUGGAUGUUCUUGGAAUAUUUGUGUUGGGGCCACUAUCUGGCUUCUUCAAGAAGCUCUACCAGGGGGUCUGAGCAGUUGGGAGGAAGCAAUAUGGACAGGCUGAGGAGAGAGCCAUUAAAAUAAGGUCUCCAGGGAAGGAGUAAUCCGUGCAAGAGAUAAGUAGAAAGUUGCUUUAACGGAAUGUGUUAGCUUUCUCUUCUCUGUGACGGAUUUUGCCUUACAGGAACAACUUGAAUAGGGAAGAUGUAUUUUGGUUUAUAGUUUCAGAGAUUUCAGUCCAUGAUUUCUUGGCCCCAUUGCUAGGGAGAGCAUUAUAAUUGGGGAGGGGUUUGGGGUAGUGAGUCAUUUCAGGGCAGCCAGGAAGAGAGAAGGACCCGGAAGGGGAAGGAAUAAGACCAUCAAAUUAUGAAUUCAUCAAUGUAUUGUUGUGAUCAUUAUUGAUUUUUUUUUUUUUUUGCGGGGGAGCAGAGUCUUAACAUGUAGCCUUGGCUGGCCCGGGCUUGCUAUGUAGAUCAGGCUUGCCUCAGAGUGACAGAGAUCUGCCUGCCUUUGCCUGUUGAGUGCUGGGAUUAAAGGUGUGUGACGCCAUAGCCAGCCCCCCAUUAUUAAUUAUUAAUAAUUCAUAUUAAUUCAUUGGUUAGGACAAAGCCCUCAUGAUCCAGUUACCGCUCAGUGAUUGGAUACAUCACUGCACCUUCAGAACGCAAACCUUUUAAGGGAAUAUUACAUAGCUGAACUAUAACAAGGAGAGAGAGGUAUUGAGGGGACUCCGGCUGGUGUGGAAUAGGCACUGUGGAUACUGUGCAGAGUGGGCAGGAACUUAGGCCAGCUUAAAAGAGAAGGCAUUGUGGGGGUGGGGGGUGAGGUGGCAGCUGGAGAGAGGUUGGUCAGACAGUGGAGAGACUUAGCAGACUGCAAGACACCGCUAAGCCGCGCUUAAGGGUCUGCACUGCACAGCGGAGAGAGAGCCAGAGAGAGGAGGCAGGUAAAUCGGACACCUUCUAGCCUAGCUCUCCUAGGGACUUUCUCUUCCCCAGUACCUUCUGAGUUCCAGCCUCCAUAGAGUGUCCCACAGGGGUCCCUGAACCUGGCUGUCCAUUGUGUGGUUGUGACCGAAGGCUUUGUGGGCCUGGCCUGCUAACACUCUCUCUCAUUGCUCUUUCCUGCCCAUCUGCAUGUGGCUGCUCUGUCUAGCUGCGCGGUGGUCCCGAGUGCCGGCUGUGUAAGUGAGCAUGCCCAUCCCAUGCCUCUCGCAGUUCACACGCUGUGCCUGGCUGCCCCUGGCUGCUCUGCAUGGCUACGUGGGGCUUUGGUGCUACUGACGGCGACCGAGACUGUCCUUGGCCGUAGUAAGGGGUCGAGAUGGGAAUGCGGGGCCGUGGGAGCAGGCUUCCUUUAGGGCAGCCGCCUCAGGUUGGCCUCCAGCCAGGCAGGCUGGGGCGGGGCUGGAAGUCCAGGAUCCUGCCAGGUGAGGCUGGGAACGGAGGUACCAUUUGCCUUGUGUGUCUGCCUGUGUGCGCCUGCAUUUCUACCAUUACUGCUGCAUGUCUGCAGCACAUCUAGUCACCAUUGCUGCUGUGGUGUGCUCUUCUGUGCAGGGAGACUGUCUUCCAGUUACCGUGUGCUAUUGCCUCAACCUCUUGUGGGUGUGAGCCCUGCCUGGUGUUUGUCUCCAGUGUUCGUGGACCUGUUUGGUCUUCUGCCACUGCCAGCCUUUACCAUGACUCGGCUGUCCCUGAGACUGGCCCGGGUUUUCUGGGUCUGUUCGAGCUUGGGAACCGAGUUGUAUGUGGGGAGCGGUCAAGAUACUGUUCUAGUCUUACAGUCCAGAGCAUCUGUGCACGGAACCCAUGCCCGCAGACGACUGUGUUAGAGGCUGGCAGGGAGGGGCAAGCGGCUCUUGUCAAUGAGAAACUCUUCUUCGGUGGAAUGCUAUUGGGGCCUCCAUGGAGAGCUCUGUGGGGGACUAGUCUUACUCCUUAAGAUUCCAGUCAGUCUGAGAAUCCCCCAGAGUAAGGCAAGGCACAGGCCAAGAUGUUUUUGGUUUUCGUUUUUAAAAAAAGAGUGACCACAGGAUAUUCCUCCAGCCCUAGUCCUCCUGGCUCUGCUCCCCUCUGUCCACCCCGACUUCACUUUCCGCCCCUCACCGGGCCCUCACCCACUCUCCCUCCGCAGGCUCUUCAGCAGCCUCGGUGAGCUGAGCACCAUC